GAAGUCUGAAGGCAGAAAGGGAUUGAAAUUGAAGAGUGUUGUGGGGGGGGGUGGCCCCAGUAACUCGGAACAGACUCUGGCGUCGCACGUGUUGAUGGCCAACCUAGGAACUAAAUUCAAUCCAUUCCUAAGAAAUCAAUCUGCCAAAUAAACAACCAAAAACGUUUCCUCUUCUCUUCUCAUUCUCAUCCUCAAUUGCGCUUUCAACAACUAAUACAAACGCAUACCCUCCUCACUUAUAGUUUCUUUCAACACAACAACGCUCGCUCGCUGGCACCACCACCAGAACCGUAACACACAACAUUCUAGAAUACUCCUUUCAAGCUUUAGCCGCAGCUAGGGUUUCCAUUGCACUCUCCUUCACAGGGAUUGAGUAACAUCUGUUCAUUGAUCGUGAUUGGAAGGUUACAAUUCGGUCUAUUUGAUGGUUGAAACUUCGUGCCAGCCGUUGAAGUGACUGAAAUUCUAUUGAAAUUCUCUAUGGGAAGGACAGUUCUGGCACGCCAAAAGGAUGGCCUUGAUGCUCUGAGAAAGAUUAUGUAAAGCAGUAUGACUCUUGAAGAUUUCUUUACCUUGUCUGAGAUGAAAGAUGGGCUCACAGCACCUUCUCGGGUGCAGGAGCUGGUCUCUGUGAUGCAAAAGGAGAAAGAUAGUGAGGUUAAAAAUGCUGCUGAUGUGACAAGGCAGUGGGCUGCUGUUGCAAGCACUAUUGCUGCUACAGAGAAUAAAGAUUGCCUUGAUCUUUUUAUUCAAUUAGAUGGACUUUGCUUCAUUAAUAGAUGGUUAAAGGAUGCCCAAGAUUUUGGGGUUGAUGCAAACGACAGCUUCGUUGAAGAAUCAAUCACUGCAAUGUUACGUGCAGUUGAAAAGCUGCAUAUAGACAGUGAGAAGUCAAUGUCUUCAGGAAUUCGCAUCACUGUAAGUAAUCUUCUUGGCCAUCAUAGUGCUAGGGUUCAGGAUAGAGCAAGAACGUUGUUUGACAGCUGGAAGGGAGUUGGAAAUGGUGAUACUGAAUCUCAUGAUGUGGAACUUGCUAAGGUUGACAAUUCAAGUGACAAGAUUGUCAGGGAGGAAACACAGCCAUCUGCUGCAAAUGAAGCUGGCAAUGAUAAUGAUCCUGCAUCAGGACUAAUUGGAAGUGAGAAAUCUCUGUUGAAAAGCUCGGAUAAUUUACCGGUACAUAGUUCUGAUAAUGUGCUCCAGUUAUCUGCCAGUGUGGAAUGUAUUGACAUCAAAGUGGGAUCGGAAAACCAUGUUGCUGGUGUUCCAUCUUCUGCUCAAGAAGUUGCUCCCGCUCAUGAAGGAUUGCCUAUAUGCACUACAGGUGAGACCACUUCGGCUGGAACCUGUAACUUUCCCAUUCCAAAUCAAAGCAGUUUUGAAGGACAGUCAGAUGUGGUACAGUUAAGUGACUUAGCUAAAGUGGAAAAGCAGGAGCAAAACAUUAAUGACCCUCCAGAAAAAUUAGGAGCACCAGAGAUCUGUUCUGUGUCCUCUAAUAAGCCAGAGUCUGAGCCUGUUUCCAUGGUUGCUUGCGAAGCAAAAGCACCAGAGUCUGUGAAAAACCCAGCUUUAGAGCAAAAUGUUGAACACAAUGAGGAUGAUGUUUGUCGUAAUUUAACUAAUUCUGCUAGUAUGAGGACACCUGCAUCUGAUAGGAGUGGGGAAGAUGAUGUAACUAGCAUUACACAAGUUUUUAAAGCUACAGAAAAUGAUAAUGAUUGUUGUUCUAAUGCAUUGCAGGGCGCAUCAGUCAGUGACAGUAACUUGGGAAAGACUGAGGUGUUAGACGUGUCUGUCUUUGGAACAGAAUAUGUCACAGCAUCAAAGGAAGGCAAGGGCCAUGAAGAAGAUACAUCAAUUGGUUCUGAUUCUAGUAAACCCGGAAUAGAUUUCAGAAGCUCUAACAUAAUUGACAAGAGAGGUUCUGACAAUGAACUUGACUGUGGCAUUGUGGAUGCUUUAGAAUUUGCUCGAAAAAUUGCUCAGGAAGUUAAUAGAGAAGUCAGCUGUUCUUCAGAAAAAGUCUCAGAACACAGAAUCAGGCAACCAUGCAGUCCAGAUUCUGUAAGAAAAGAGGACGAGCUCACUCCUGUCCCACCCAAGGAGGUUUCCUCCAGACAAAGCCAUGCUACUGAGGCAUGUUCAAUGGAGGGGCAUGUGAGUAUUUUAGACAACAAUGAGGCUGAGCCGGAAUGCAGACCCUAUGUGGUGUCCUUAGAGGUGACUGAAAAAGCUCAAGAUUCAGGAGGUAAUUCAGAGAAACGACUCUGCGGCUUUGAUCUCAAUGAAGUUGGUGCUGAUGAUAUGGAUGUUUCUGUAAAUACUAUGUCUACCCCAAUACCAGUUGUCUCUGCUUCAAGGCCUGCACCAACUCCUGGGUUGACUGGGGCCCCUUUGCAGUUUGAGGGAACACUUGGAUGGAAAGGGUCAGCUGCCACCAGUGCCUUUCGACCUGCGUCGCCUCGUAAAAAUUGUGAUAAUGAUAGGAAUCUUUCUGUUGAUAUGAACUUUGAUACUUCCAAGCAGAGGCAGGAUUGGCUUGAUUUUGAUCUAAAUGUGGCUGAGGGUGAAGAAGGCAAUGUAAAACCUACUGCUGAAUCUUCAGGCAGGCCUUCUGGGCAAUCGUCAUUUGAAUUUAGUCCUAAAAAAUCAAGCAGGCUUGAAUUUGAUUUGAACAGUACCGGUGAUGAUGGUGACACCCAACCUUCAGAUCAAAGAAUGGAGGGACAACUCUUUCUUGGAAGAAAUGGCUGUUGGAGCCCAUCCCCUGCAUCGUCGUCCUCAUCAAUGCAGCCAUCUGUUAGAAACAUUGAUUUGAAUGACAGGCCGUGCCUUCAAACCGAUUUGGUAGACCAGGGCCCCAUUAAGUCUGCCCAUCUUAUCAAUGCAUUUGGUUCUAAAUCAUCAAAUGCUCCUGUUAUCUCUCUUCUGGGUGCCAAGGUAGAAGUUGGUAAAAAAGAAUGUGUUCCUCAAAGGUUGUCUUUGCAGAAUGGCAAGGCUACUGAACCUGCAAUAGAACUAACAAUGUCAAGAGCAGGUAGCGUUUUAGGGAUGACCCCAACAGUACCCUUCAAUCAUUCAUCUGUUUUUGGCUAUAAUGGAGUGGCGUCAGCAUCAGUGACACCCGCAAUGUCUUUUUCAUCAGCCAUGUACGGAUCAGGUGGCACAAUUCCAUACAUGGUGGACUCAAGAGGAGCUCCAGUUGUCCCUCAAGUGGGUGGAUCUUCAUCAACUGUCCUUUCAUCUUACUCUCAGCCACCAAUCUUUAUGAACAUGGCUGGUACACAACUUGGUCUGAAUGGAUUUGGACCUUCACGUCCUAACUUUGACCUGAACUCUAGCUUCAUGAUUGAGGGUGGGAAUAGAGACACAUUGGCUGCAAGGCAAUUUUUCUUUCCUGUUCAGGGAAGGGCUGUGGAGGAGCAAGUAAGAUCCAUGCCGCAACCCUCCAGUUCGGGGGUUAGUGGGAAACGAAAAGAACCAGACAGUGGUUUGGAACCCUACCCAUUUAUCUACAAAAAUCCGCAACCUCCAUGGAAGUAGCUUCUAAUUUAUGAUUUUACCUCUCUUCUGAACUGUUCAUAAACACACACCUUUCCAAUUAAUGCUUUAUUACCCGAAAUGAUCCUCAACAGUAGGUCAGUGCACUGGCAUCCUUUAGUAACAGAAGAUCUCGAACUCAAUAAAUGCUGGCGGAAGAUGGAUGUAAUAUGAUUCAAACGAUUGAUUGUUAAGGGGGGCAGAAAUUGGGUUUUCUUAUUGUUCUUUUUUCUUUUCUUUCGUUUGUUUAUCCUUUCCUGUAGCUUUAUAGAAAGGCAUUACAAGCACAGAAAGUCUUGGUGCGUCUAGCUGUAAUUUCUCUUUCAUAUGUCAAAGAAAUUUAUAGGCAUAGUAUCAUGUCUCAUUUUCUCGGUGGUGCUUUAGUAUGUUGCCACUAUUUGGCCAGUUUUCAUUUUUAAGUUAAUAACCUGUAUAAAGAGAAGGAAGAAAUCACCGACUAAGAAAGGCCUCUGUUCAAAUUUUUUUUCUGCUUACACUGUUAAACAUUCCCAACA